GUGCUGGGUCAAUAUAAUCACGCACUGUCCCGUUAUAGGCGCAUGUUUAUUUACAAAAAUCAGCUGUUUCUCCUUUCAGCGCAUUUUUUCAUUUCGGUUAUUGGUCCGGGAGUGAAUUUGUUUUGUGCCAGACAAUGUGAGAGAGCGUAAAAACUCUAACUCUCCACGCGAAAAUACAGUCGAAACACGGUCGUUUUAUCUGUCUCUCUCUCUGGUAAUAAAAACCCGCUCUGUUCUUCACACUUUCCUUGAGUCAAUGCUUCCCUCAGUCGUCAAUUGUUUGUCUCCACCAUUGCAACAUAGUUGAAAAGUUGCUCGGGAAUUAAUUGAUAUCACGACGCCGUGCUUCAGUCAACAGCCGACAGUAGAGAGAGCCAUUCAUGUGGCCUUCUUGCCUGCCAUAGAGUUUCGGGCGAGUGUCGUGCGCGCGCGAGAAGAUUGUUGACCGCACAAGAUCAGACCGAAUUGACGCCCACCCACCAGAUGAACAGCCUGGAAGUGACAAGGACGCACUUUGUGCCACCGCGAGAGGCGCCGAGUGAGCCAGGCGAGGAGAAUCUCCUGCAAACUGUCACCAGCGAACCGCUCAGUCUCAACACAAAGACACACCCGCCGAAGCCCAUCUCAUGGCGAGAGGCUUUGCCACAGAUCCUGGCCAGCUGCCUGGUGUACUUCACUGUGAUCCAGGCGGGCAUCAAUAUGGCCUACUCGGCAAUUCUGCUGCCGCAACUCUCGCAGCCCGACAGCACGAUCAGCAUCACGAAGGGCGAAGCGUCGUGGAUCGCCAGUCUGGUGACCAUUUCGCUGCCCAUCGGCUCACUGGCGGCCGGUCCCAUCAUGGACGCGGUGGGGCGCAAGAGACUGUCGCUGUACUGCUGCUUCCCCUUCAUGCUGGCCUGGAUCCUCAUCGCCAGCGCCGAGCACGUGGCCACAAUCUACGCGGCGCGCAUCCUGGCCGGAAUGGCCGGCGGCCUGACCACGGUGGCCCUUGUGUACGUGUCCGAGAUCAGUCAUCCCACCUUCAGGCCAAUGCUGCUGGGCCUCAACAGUGUCUUCGUGUCGCUGGGCAUCCUGUUGACGUGCUUCCUGGGCCUCUUCUUCGACUGGCGCACCAUCGCGUGCAUCUUCGGCGGCCUGAGCUUCCUCACGCUCUGCGUGAUCCUCAUCGUACCUGAGUCCAGCCACUGGAUCACCACAUUCCGCCCGCGCAGGAUAGCCGAGGCGCGAUCAUCCCUCCGAUGGCUGUACAGGAAACCAAGUACUUACGAAUCUCAGGCACAGGAACUCACCGUGAGAAACUACAUGAGACACACUGAAGAGUCGCAUCAGACACUGAAGGACUUUCUCUCAAUCUGCCGGCAGAAGCACGUGUACAAGCCCUUCGUUGUCCUGCUCAUUCUCUUUGUCUUUCAACAACUCUCAGGCGCAUACGUGAUCAUCUUCUACGCUGUUAAUCUCUUCUUGAAAAUUGGUGGUCAAUUUGGCGAUCUGAUCAAUGAAUAUGGCGCUCUUAUGCUUCUUGGAUUGAUCAGAUUCAUCAUGUCCUGCCUCAGUUCCGGACUGUCUCGAAAAUUCGGCCGAAGAUCUCUGAUGUGCAUUUCGGGAUGUGGAAUGGCUUUUUGCACUCUCAUUGCUGGCCUCUACAUUGACUUCAGCAAUCUCAAGGAGGCCUCAGUGUUCACAGACACCGGCGCCGUCACGACAAUCGCUCCGGCGGCACAUCAGCUGGACGGGAAGCUCCUGCUCGUCUGCAUUCUGGGAUAUGUCUCGUUCAGCGCUCUCGGUUACCUCGUCAUUCCCUGGACACUGAUUGGUGAGAUUCUGCCCACCGAGGUGAAGGGAAAGCUGGGCGGAAUUGUCAUCUCCGCCGCCUAUGUCAUGAUGUUUGGUGUCGUCAAGGCCUUUCCCUACACAAUUGACUGGCUGGGCGCUCAAGGACUCUUCUACAUCUUCGCGCUCACGAGCUUCCUGGGUGUGAUUUACAUCUAUAUCCUCUUGCCAGAGACCUUUGGCAAGUCCUUCGACGAGAUUGCCGAUUAUUUUAGAGGAUCGACCAACUGAGAAAACGUCUUCCAAAGAACUCUAGCCAUAUAUGUAGUCACAAUGUUUUCUAGUAAUUUUUUUUUCUCCACAAAAAAAGACAAUAACCAAACGAUAUCUUGUGAUGGAUUUUGUGUUGCAAUUUGCUACGUAUAAAUGUUUAGGUGUAAAUAAAGAUUUACAUAAGCAGUAAAAA